GGCUUAUGGGUUUGCCAAGAGUGGAAAAGGAGAGGGGUGGGAGGAUAGCUCAUGAUAAAAACUCCACCAUGCUUACUCCUGAAUGCUCAGAAAGUGAACACGGGAGAACAUGGAUAUGCAGAGACCAACAACAAAAUCUCUUCCUGCCGUCUGAUGUCAAACAGAUGUGAGUUUGCUGGGGGGGAGGCAACCUUCAGUGAACCACCACGGCACCUGAGUGUCAUGUGGUCGAAAGAUCGCAGUUCGACCCUGUGAUAGGAUUAAGGAAUAUUCGAGAGGAACCACCAGGAAGAGAUUCAAAAGACUGGACCUCACACUAUUGUGUCCAAUUGUCUGACGAGUGGACACACUGAACAACAACAUCUUUUUCACUACUCCCACGACUUUGGCUGACCUUCGACUUUUAGUCAUUACCGCAUCACUUUGCCGGAUCCACUGCACGGUGAGAGUGAGAAGAAGCAGCCGCUGCAAACCCUCAAGUUUUUGACACCCCUCCUCUCUGCUGCUGCUGCUUCUUCUGGUAUACCCCCUUUGCCCCCCUACCUCCCAUCUUUCAGCUCACCCCCCAACAGAGCAGAAAGCGUGAAAAAUCUCACUAAUGGGUUUAUUUGCUGUCAGAUCUGAGCCCAUGUGUCAUUCCCUCUGAGCAUUCUGCUUGAAACAUUUCAUAGUUGAGUAAGCCUGCACCAAGUGGCCGAAGUGGGUUGAGGGGUGUGGGGACUCAACCACAGUAGUCAGUGUGACUGUCUCUUGGAGUUGCUGCAUUCUUUUUGGCACUUUAUCAUCAUUCAGGACGUCGGGAGCUGGUGUGCAUCCUUGAAUAGGCGCUUCUGCAAGAAUAUUCCGUCUCCAUCAGGAUCCUGGUGCAGUUUUGUGGAGAUGUGGUAUAGGACUGCUCCCCUGGUUGUGGCGAUUUGCAUUUGUUGGAUUUACUGCAUCUUGGAUGGAGUGGAAGCUAAAAAGGAGAGGAAGAAGUUGAAAGAGACACCACUGCAGCACACAGAGACCUACAACGUGACUCUUUCCAACAGCGAAGAAGAGUCUGGAAUUCCCAAGGUUUCUGACAACCAGAGAGUGGAUCCAUUGGGAUCAUGGAUGGACUUUGUCAAGCGACCAGUUGGCAACUUCCCAGCAAAAUGUCGCAAAAGGAAAAGACCUCUGCCAGGUCCACCUGGUCCUCCAGGUCCUCCGGGCCCACAAGGACCACCUGGCUCACCCGGAGCUGAGGUGACCCAGGAAGUUCUUCUCCAAGAGUUCAAAGAGAUGAUAAAAGAGGCUACAGAGAGACGGACCGGGGCUGUGGAUCGUCAACCCGCUUCCAGCCAGCUUCCCGUCGCUCUCCUCACGCUGCAGGAAGGCAUGACCUCCUACCGGCGAAUCGAUGAGGCUUUCCAUUGCAAACUCAAGGGACCCGUGGUGGUUGACAAGAAGACUUUGGUGGAGCUCCAGAAUUUUCAAACACCGCCAGCCAAGGGAGCCUUCUUGAGAGGGUCAGGCAUGGAUCAGUCUACUGGCAGAUUCACCGCCUCCAUCACAGGGAUCUACCAGUUCUCUGCUAAUGUCCAUAUUGAUCACAGUGAGGUGAAGAGAAGCAAGACCCAGCUGAAAGCCAGGGACAAUAUUCGUGUAUUAAUCUGCAUCGAGUCACUUUGCCACAGAUACACCUCUUUGGAGAUGAUUGUCGGCUUGGAAAGUAACAGUCGAAUCUUCACUGUGAGUGUUCAGGGACUGCUGGAGCUGCAGGCCGGCCAAUACACCUCCAUCUUUGUGGACAACGCUGCCGGGGCCUCCGUCACGAUACAGAAUGGCUCCGACUUCAUGGGCAUGCUCCUUGGCGUGUAGCGUUACCUAGCGGGAGUCUGCUUUCGUUUUCCUCAAACGACCCACCCACAAGCGCCGCCACGAUAGCACAUCGGCAUUCCGGCAAGUCCAAGCUGACUUUUGACGCGAUCCUGUGUGCUGAAGUGUGGGUUGAAGGGGGUGUGGCUUAAGUGAGUUGUGGUUUCUAUUUCACCGCUCCGCUUCUUGGACAAACUCGUGCUGCUACCGCAGUAAAAUGACCUGCACAUGCAACAUGUCACUGUCAUGCUUGUCCCGUAAAUCUUUUACAUAGAGCAUAGAACCAACUUUAAGAAUUGUCUGUGUGUGUGCGUGUGCGUGUGUG